GCGGCGACUCGGCGCACGGCGCUCUCGGCAGCUUCGACUUUACCAGCGACGCGAGCGACCUCUUCGGCACGGCGGCGGCGGCGGCGGCGGGCAAGACGCUCGCCCUCGACUCGACGCUCGACGAUGACUCGUGGGCCCCGUCGAGCCUUGCCGACUUUUCCUUCGCGGCCGACUGGUCCUCGCACUCGUGACGGCGGCCGCCCUCUCCUCUCCUCGCGCGUCGCCGCUUUGCCUCGUCCCUCCCCUCAUUCAUCCCUCGCGUCCUCACUUGUUUCGGGUGUUGUGGCUCUUAGAAUUGUGCAUACCCCGGUUCCGACGCUGUAGAUACCCUCAGCCGCUCUCGCCGUGCAAAGCGAUUUCUCUCCCU